GGAAAAUAUUUAUUCACAUGUAAAUUUAAUGAAUUGUUUCGACGAAUAUUGUAUCAAAUGACACCUAUCUCCUCAUGAAGCUGAUAACGUAUAUAAGCUAUCCCUUCGUCAGAAAUAUAGAUGCAUCUUAGCUUCCCCCAAAACUGACAUUGCCAUUUUAUUUUCUCCACAAAACAAUUAAAUCACUAUCGCUUCUAAUAUUUUCUCCAGUACUUAUUGAAUAAAAGUGUUGAUCUCUUUAUCUCUUCUCUGUUUUCCUCCUCUCAAGUAUGAUUCAAAGUCACAUAACUUUUGGAGUUGUGGCAAAAGUAUUCUAGGUCAUGACUUGCACUAAGGAAAUGGCUUUUUUCCCUCCCAAUUUCAUGCUACUUACUCCUCACCAAAGUGACCAUCAAGACUUCCAAGGUGUUGGUUCAAUAUUUCUAGGGAAAAGAACCAUGUCAUUUAGUGGGAUGGAGGCUAAUAAUAACUGUGAGGAAAAUCAUGAAGAGGAAGAUUUAUGUGAUGAUGGUUUACAUGAGGCAGCCAGGGAGAAGAAAAUUAGAAGGCUUAAUAUGGAACAAGUGAAGACACUUGAGAAGAACUUUGAGUUAGGGAAUAAACUUGAGCCAGAGAGGAAAAUGCAGUUGGCUAGAGCUCUUGGCUUACAACCAAAGCAGAUUGCCAUUUGGUUCCAAAAUAGGAGGGCAAGAUGGAAAACCAAGCAAUUGGAGAAAGACUAUGAUGUUCUCAAGAGACAGCUUGAAGCUGUCAAGGCAGAAAAUGAUUCCCUCUUAGCUCACAAUCAGAAGCUUCAUGCAAAGAUAAUGGCACUAAAAAGUGGAGAGCAGCCAACAGAAUUAUCAAUCAACUUGAACAAGGAAACAGAAGGUUCAAGCAGUGAAAAUAGCUCAGAAAAGAUGAAGCUAGAUAGCACAAUGACAGCUGCAGCCAUUGACGGCCCAUUAAUAUUAGUAUCCACUGCUCAUCAGCCAAUUACUAGGGGCAGCAGACUCUUGUUCCCACCCCCGGUGAGGCCUAAUGGGGUAGCACAGCUCUUCCAAAGACAACAAGUGCUACAGAGCGAUAUGAAAUUAAUGGACCAAACUGUCAAACAAGAAACUUUAUCCAAUAUGUUUGUCGAUGACCAAUCACCUGGAUUUUGGCCAUGGCUCGAGCAACCACAUUUUAAUUAAUUUUUUGAAAAAUAUAUUCGGAUUUACAGCUUGGCGAUUAUUUUCUUUUUAUUUUUCUUUUUGGUGUAUUAGAAUGUUGUAUAGAGUAAUCAAUUGCAUACCAAACUGAUCAUAGUGAUGCAGUUUGGAUGAAUUAUUAUUUUAUCGUAAUUUUUUCAUACAUUUUUUAAAAUAUUUGAAUUGUUAAUUA